AUGGCGGCCAAAAAAGGUUUCCCGGGCAGCCAUCAAGCCCAGCCUCGGUGCCAGGGACACCAGAAAAGCAGACGUUCCUUGCUGAGACCAAAAGGUAAAAUGAACACUUAUGCGUGUUUUGUUCAAACAUGCCGGGAGGAACUGCAAAAGAGCCACCCGGGCACCGAGGUGACCUUUGCCAAAUUCUCCAAGCACUGUGCCCGCCGAUGGAAGGCUCUGUCCCUCCGGGAGAAGGCCUGCUUCCAGGCCCUGGCCCAGGCAGACGGUCGCUGCUUCACCCGCGAGAUGAGGAGCUACGACCCUUCAAUGGAAAGCAAGGCCCCUAAAAGACCAAUGUCGGCCUUCCUGCUAUUUUGCCGGGAAUACCGCCCCCAGCUCCGGGCCGACCACCCCAACCUGUCCCUGGUGCAAGAGUCCCGCCGCCUCGGAGCCAUCUGGCGAGGGCUCGGCAAGAAGGAAUACCAGCGGUUUGCCAACUUGGCUGCGUGCCUGCAAGACAAGUACCACAAGGAUGUGGAGAAAUACAAGAAGAGAGCCCAGAAGAUCGCCAAUGCCAGGUCCCUGGGCAGGGAGAGAGUGGCCGGGAAGCGGCACCGAGAGGAGGAGGUGGAGGAGGAAGACUCCGAUUAUGAGGAUAGCAUGGAUGACUAG